UCUAAAUCCAACUCUUCACAUUAGUACUCUCGACAACAAAGCCAGCUAUGAUUGACCCGGAUGACAAGGAGUUCUGUAGCUGGGCGCCGGAGCUCCCCGAUUUUAGCACUCUGCCAGACAGGGUAUCACCAAUAUACAGCUUUCUGGCUAUGGUGCCACUUGAGGUCAAGCGCGAGCAAUUCCGCGCGUUGAACAACGUAAUCAGGGACUACCGCAUAUCAGACUUGUUCACAACCGCGAGCCAAGCGCGGUGGGCGGCGGGUGUCAUCAGGCUCGGCCUGCAGUUACCACUCGAGGACCUGGACCUAAUCUCCGAUGCCCUGGACCAGAGCAGCGAGCUGCUGCACACGAUGCAUGAGAUCGAUUUCUGUGAGGAGGAGCCAGGGCUGUCGCUGGAAGACCAGGAGUCGCUGACUUCCAAGUGCACAGUGAGUGUCAUCUGGCGGCUAGGAGUUCUUUUCAACCCACGCGUGUUCUUUUGGGAUCAGAUGCCGACGCGAGAAGUCGUCCACCAGAGCAACCAGCGGAUGGGCCAAAUCACCGAGCCGUGCAUCCGGAUGCCGCAACCGCCCAGAAACCAGCGGGCCUCACCACCCCCGAGCUCUCCUCUACGGCAGACGCUGAGCGCCAAAGGCGGGCUGCUGCAGGUUACUGGCGUGCGUUCGGGAAAACCCGCCUCAUCCACGGUGCCAACUUCCGAGAGCAGUGCCAAUAUCGUGCCAGAAAACCAAGGGGACAGGGGCGGAGCAAGUAGGCAUAGCUACUUCUCGAUAUCGACUCAUGUCGAUGAGCCCUCGGCCGACUCCUCAGAAAAACCAAAUGCCGAGGCUAAUGAAGACGAUGACACAGCCGAUGACCAGUGGCUCGAGGUCAUCAGCUCCAGAGAAGAUGCUACUGCAACUGAAUCCGGCGGUUUGCGGCCGCAACUUCAGGUACCCAGCAUACCACUGCUGUCGAUAGCAAUGCAAGACGAUCCAUCAGCAUGGUUCCAGCCAGCGUCUAGCCACAUCGAUUCACCGAAGCAGCAGUUUGACGAUAAAAAUACGAGCGAGCGGCAACAGGCGCGACUACGACGUGCUGCGGCACUGUGGGAAGGGUAUGUGGAGCUGCUCUCUCGAGCUCUGCGGAUGUUUUUGGCUGCGCUUAAGCACAACAAAAUGACCGUCAGUGGCAAUCAGCUGCCACAUCUGCACCUGUGGCUCGUCACCAUUGUGGACCUGAUCCUGUCGCAGGAUGGCGGCAACCCAAGACUGGUUCCGUGGACAAAGCGAUACAGGCCGUAUAUUGGAGCAGAAAUCUGGGACAUUACUUGGGCGACUUUGGGCGACCGGCUCGAAAGCAUUGCAUUGGAGCUACUAGCGGCAGUGUGGGGCAACCUGGUCGGUACCACAGGCGUUAACUGGGAGUUCAUGAAGAACUUUCCUUACUGGAUCCACCGCGAGAGUGUCAUGAAGGAGUGGCUCCAUAUGCUCAGCGAUACGGCAGUGCGUGUCAUGCGCUCACAUUAUGCCUGCAGCCUCGACAGCAAGCUAUACCUUGAAAGCCGACAGCCACACAUGUUUGAAGCAGUCACCGACCUCUCGAACAGUGAUGCCGAGGCUCUGCUCUACUACUACACGACAGUGCCGCUUGAUACGCAUAUGAUCCCACACAAAAUCUACUAUGCGUAUGUGACAGAUGUGUGUGAGAUUGUAAACAGGAUGCUAGAUAUCAAGCAGGCCAUUGAAGUGGAUGGUGUAGUCCAUCUUCAGCGACCCCCUUCAGCCAACUAUAUUCUUCACUAUUUCGGCACUCCGCUGUUUAACAUGGGUAUGGCAGAGACUGACGGGACCAGCGAAUCCGUAAAAGCAAAGACGCAGGCGCUCGUGGUACUGAGCCGCAUUCUGGCUAUGCGGGUGCAGCGCGAUGACCCAAUCUGGCAAAAGUAUCGCGACCGGAUCCUGCGGAUCUUGUACGAGGUUAUCCACAAGGACAUGCAGGCGCAGAUCAUCUUGCCCAGCGUGCAGCUGCUUCUGAAUGAGACCAGCUAUAUACGUCCAUUGAUUCCAGACAUUGUGGCUCUAACCGAGCGCGAGAUACAGCUUGUUUCACCGCUAUUGCUUCAGCGCGAAAAGUGUGCCCGCAGACGGCAGGCGCUGGCCGUGUUUGGCUCACUCAUUGCGUUUCCUCUGUACUACUAUAGCCUUGGCAUCCUUGACAGAGUGGAUCAGCUGCAUGAAUAUGCUAGUUUUCAAAUCGACAGGAGCGUGUUUCAGCCUCUUGGCGACGAAUGGAGCAUCAGGAUGCAGUCUGUGGAUCAGCUCAUGGAGCAGAUUGCAAACAGCAAGUUUGUCAACAUUGGCAAAGAGAGCCCAAAGCUGAAUUCGAUCAUCGAGAACAUCUUCAAAAAUCUGAUGACAGCGCUGGCCACUGAGACCGAUGACCUGAACCUGCGACACACGACGAGCAUGCUGCUCCUGUUUUUGCUCCAGUACAGCAACCACAACCCAGGAUACAUUGGCCUGUACUUGCGGUUCCUGGUUGAACAGCUUCGGAUUUCUACGCGAACAAGCAUGUCGGGGGUAUACGCAUACGCACUGGCGAUGGGCGCGGCGCUGACGUGGGAGGGGAAAUUUGAUCAUGCGCAGCAAGGAGAGCUAGUCGCCCAUUUGGCUAGGACGCUGUCUGACUGCGACCGCCACCUCUACCGGUACACACAAUGGGAUCGGUACCAUCAGCUGCUUAUCACGUCGAUCCAGUGCCUCAAUACCUGGGUGGGACUGUCUUUCAACCAGAUCCGCAUACUGCCUGAAACAAAGAAAAUCCUGGUUGGCAUAUCGGAGCGGUUGGACAAGUACCUGAAGGCAACCGAAGGCCACAAUGUAGAGGACCUGCAAGCAGUUGGAAGGCUGGCCCACCUUAACACUGGGGCAAUUAGCAGUAUUGUGGCCAAGAAGAGGGACUACUCGACAGCGAUCAUCGAUGAGACCGGCUACAUAUCGUGCAAUCCGCAGGCAGCACUACGUGAGUUGGAGAUUGUGUCAGUGACCUCAUUCGGCCUGUUCACUGAUUCCAGGGACCCGGGAUACGUCAGCACCACCGAUAGCACUGCAGUCCGAAGGACGCACAAAAUCAGUCCGUCGCUUUACAGAGUGCUGUUCACCACACUUGUGUCGUUCAACUCGAUCUUGACUCAGGCAUUUGAACAGGCAUGGCCCAUUCCGUCGCGCGAUCGACCUGACAUCCUGAUGACGCGAAUGAUCAUGCGCAAGGAAAAGCUACCUGACAACAGCCAGCUCCUAUGCAACUACCACCCCGAUCUCUUGCGAAUUCUUGAUGGCUUCAGACCAGUGAGUGUCAGCUGGUACUCAUCAUUCCAUCGUUCACUGUAUUCAGAGAUUGUCUUUGAGAACCCCGACGGCGUCCCAGGAGAGAAUACACGUGUGUUGGUCACUGCCCGCUACCCGAGCGCGACACGAUACUGGGUCAUGCAGCCCGGCGACUCGAUCAACAGUGACAUACUCGAUGACGCACAUGUAGCCUCCAUUCUGGCCACUGAGAGAAGCUUGGAGGGCACAGGUAGAACUGCAGAACAGCCAGGUAGAAGCGAUAAAUCCUGGUUAGAUGCGGAGCUGAAGGCUGGAAUGCGGAAGCCAAGCAGCAGGAGUCAGGAAUUGCUACGUCGUUUCAAACCGCUUGUUGACAUAGAUGGCCAUGAGGAGUUGACUGAGGGUGUUCUGAGGGAAUACGCGGAUAUGUGCCAGAGUGAGCAUCCACCAGUGGUCCAGUUUACUGCUGCACGUCCCCGCAGCAGUGUACCAUACGGUAAUGGGCACUUCCGUAUGUGUACCAGUACAUGCCAUACGGGCGACAUCUCGUUUAUCAAGGUUAGCCAAAAGCUCUUGGAAGACGUCGAUCGUCUGGACGACCUGUCGAUGCCGUAUAUCGCCCAUGCGGGUGUCGUGUACCUGGAAUCGUACGAGAAGCUGUUGACCCAUCCCGCAUCGGCGAAGGCGCAGCUCCGAGGUAUCAGCAGCGAGUUCUGCCAGCUCCUGAAUCAGCUAGGUCGCGGGAAGCUCAAGCCCAUGGAGUGCUUGAAACGAAACCCGGAUGAUGCAUACCUGCUGAAGUACAAGUUCUGGGCCGAAAACACUGAGGUCGCCUACUACCUCGCGCCGAAUAUCAGUGCCCUAGUUGGUGGCCGUCCGUUGGACAGCGAGUAUAGCGAGGUGUUUUGCUCCCGGCUUUAUCACAGCGGCAUCUCUGUGAUUUGGCUCAACGAUUCGCCACACUCGAUAGACAUGGCACAUCUGUGGAAUCUGAUAGACACUGCCAACAGACGGGCUUCGUCGGCAGCACCACGCAAAGCCCAGGGGGUGCCUGUAAUCUCUAUCCGUACAAAGAGAAGAAGCAAUGGCAAGAAGACCCAUGGGCACUCGGCUGUAACUCGCAAGCGCACGCACAAGCAGUCGGCUCUGGAUAAGGCCUCUGCAGCACAGCAGUACAAGUCGGGGUCAUCGUCAGCGCAGGAUUCGCCCUCGGGCGGACGGCACCGGGCACGGGAUAUCUUUCGUAAGGCCAUUCGUCGUCAUCGCGGUGUAUCAACACUAGCCACCAACGAGUCGAGCAGCAAGACCAGUAGGGCCAGCAGUGCAUCCAGAGGCAAUGAGUCGCCUGUAGUACAUCCGGACGAAGAUCGGCAGUCGCAGGCACCUCCGCAGAGUGGUCGGGAUGCUUCUGUAGGCAAUGCUGCAGCAGGUCCAAAAGAAGAGUCGCCGAGAGAUCCUCCACCUGCCGGAAACCCCGAUCCAUCUAAUCACCCGGCGACAUCCGGCGACAAGGCCUCUGGUGCACUGGUGAAAUACAUGAUUGUGCUUGCACCACUCAAAGACACAGGCGGCCGACUGAUCAGGGUUCGCCUGGCGGCAGCGGGCAGUACCGAGCGUAUGAACAAGGAGUUUCUCAAGAUGACAGGGCCGCUGCAAUCAGAGAUGGUUGUGCAGGCCCGGCUGCUGGCUAACCUCCUGAUCGAUCACGAUACUGGAUGCAGCGGCAAACAUAGCAUCGCUGAGAGGUGAAAACUUUUCGGCAAUCUUCAAGCGCCGGGUGAUGCUAGCGGACGAUGGCUGACGAGCACGGUGCCAGAUUCAAGACUGUCGAGGAGGCGGAGAAGGCGCUGUAUCCUGUGGGCCGGAGCGGCAUGGAGAUGACGAUGGUCUACAAUAAAUGAAUCAGCUGCAUGUGAGCUGGUAGCAACACACAUCGAGCGUGGAAUUCGAACAAAGGCACUGAAUUGCGCAAGGAAUGUCCGGCAAAAAUAAACUCACGCUGUGGCCGCAUAUUGAUAGCGCCCAGCUUGACCAGAUAAGCGCAGUGUGACCGUCAGACGAAGAAGGGAGAGUCACGAUUCGAAGGGGAUCAUUG